AUGUCUUGGCUCUCCGCCAGGUCAGUGCUCUACUGGGCGGAACAAAGUGCUACGGGCGUCACUUUAAGAGAUCUCUGCCAGAUUGGACUGGAUCGAAAUCUGCGCAGGGAGCAUGGGGUCUUUCUGCAUCGUGAGCUUCGCAUCCGCCUUGCGCAGAGGGUCUUGGAGCUGGAGUCCCUGCCGUACCGACUGGGCGAAAGAAGUGGCAUCCGGGAUGUGAUUGAGUGGUACACUGGCUUCGUGCACCUGCUGGAGGACAAACGAUUUCUCCUUCAGUUUGGUGUUAAACCGAUUCAACAGCCUACGGAGUCACCUGUACCGUACACGGAGGAACUGGAUAAAGAGUUCACAAUGCUACUGACUCGUGUCUUCGAGGAGCAUUCCGAAGUGAUUCAGGCAAUGGCCUUUGGAGUACAAGACCUUAUCGCUGAGCUUCGGGAGGAUUACAGCCACGUGCAAGCAGAGGUGGAUGCGAUUUUGCGCCGUUUCUUCACUGCACGGAUUGGCAUGCGCUUCUUGCUCCAGCAUCACAUCGAGUCUUUCAGGAAUCGUGAAGGGCACAGCGGCAUCCUUCAACUGGCCUGCGAUCCGGAGGUGAUUGCGCGGAAGGCAGUGGAGGGGAUACAUCACACGAAUCCUGGGACCUUUACCUAUGUCCCAAUGCACUUGCACUACAUGCUUACAGAGGUCUUCAAGAACAGCUGCCGAGCCACCGUGGAACGGCACGCCGAAAGCUUCGAUGAUCCGCUGCCGAAGGUCCAUUGUCACAUUGUGCAUGGUGACGAAGAUGUCACGAUCCGCAUCAGCGACGAAGGAGGCGGUAUUGCGCGCGCAGCCUUGCCCAAUAUUUGGAAAUUCAUGUUCACGACGAUGAAAAAAACACCUUGGUCUGGACGAAGGGAUGACUUCCGCACGAAGCCGGGAGACUCCGCCUGCAAUCCGCUGCAGCGUCCAAAGCAAGGUGGUGUGCUUGCAGGGUUUGGAGUUGGCCUGACAUUGAGCCGGCUCUAUGCCCAAUACUUUGGAGGGGACAUGAAGAUCUUGUCCCUGGAUGGGUUCGGCACGGACGUGUACUUGCAUCUGAAUCGGCUGGGAACAGCCUGCGAAGACCUGCCACAGGCGACGCCAACCAACGAGAGUCAUCACGAGAGUUCGAUCAUCCAACGACCACGAAUUAGGUCAACUUCAUGGUUUUGA